AAAAAAUGCAAGGAUCAUCAGACGAUUGGGAAAGGCUAUCAUUCCCAAAAUCACCAACAUUUUCUCCAGAAGUUGGUUCUUCAUCGGUGAGGUUUAGCCUUAGUGGACUUACAACAGGGGACACACCAUCACCAUCAAAUGAGGGAAGAGAUUAUGGAAUGGAUGAGUCGCAAAGAGAACUGCCUCACUUUCCAAUUUUUUCAUCAUCAAAGCAUCAAGAUGAUGAGCCAUCAACAUUUUCAUCGAUAUUAUUUGCUGACACUCCAGUAAGAGGAACAGAGUCGGAGGCAGUUGCUAAACUUACAAAUCAUGUAGAAAAUAUGAAAUUAGAAUUAGAUACGUGGAGAAGUCUGUAUAAGGAACUUCAAACAAAACACACAGCUAGACUUGAAAAUAUUUUCAGAGAACAAAAACAACGAGAGGAGGAAAUAAGGCAAAAGUAUGAAGAGGAUAAAUCGUUAUCACAGAAAGGAGUAUCCAAAGCAAGUUUUGUGAUCAUGACAGACAUGAAGAACUUGUUGUAUCUAUUCAAACAUCAAAAUAUCGAAAAUGUAUAUGAGAUGGUCAACACUGAAAUUAAUGAAAAGGACAUUGCUUCAGAUCAAUUCAUCUGUAUAUACAAGGAGUUUAAAACAGCAUUGUUUAAUAUUUUCAAAUCAAUUUCCACUGAAAAGCAUAUUAAUAAGGAACAUCAUACACUAGUUCAAUCACUAAGAGUUGAAAAGGAAAAACUUGAGAAGGAACUUUUUACAUUGAAACAAUCUGUUGAUAUUGGGCCAUCCCAUGAACAUGAACAAGAGAAAAUUCACGAAUUACAUGAAGAGUAUGCAUCAAAGAUUGAGGAAAUGGAACAAAAGAAUUACAAACUUGAAAGUCAAGUUAAGGAAUUGAAAGGAAUUGAUGAAAAGUUCGAGAAAAUUAAACUUGAAAGACUUGAAUUGGAAAGACAAAUUUCCUCAGAAGCUAGGAUAAGAGAGAGAUUGGAAGAAGAAGUUGAGACCCUAAGAUCACUCAAAAAUGAAACCGAAACACAACUCAAUCUCCUCAAACAACAACUUCAACAAAGAGAUUACAUUGUGAAAACAAAGCAGACAGAGAUUGAUAAACUCUCAGACAACUUGUUGAGAUCAAAUGAUAAAGUAAGGGUUUUGGAAGACUCUCUAGAUAAGUUAAAAGAAAAAUAUGGAGAGGAAAAUUCUUUCGAUUAUCAUGAGCUUCAACAUGAAUUAGAAGAUUUGAGUAAGAGAUUGAAUAUGAAGAUUCAUGAGAAUGAAGAAAUCACUAGGUCAUAUGAAAUGAGAAUCAACCAAAUGGAAAAGGUGAUUCAAGAAAGUCAAAAGGUUAUCGAUUUGGAAAGCAAGAAAACUGAAACGAUAACAUCCCAUCACACAGAACUUGUAGAAGAAGUAGAUAGACUAAAGAAUCUCUUAUUAGAGUCCGGCGUUGUCAUAAAGAACUCAAGGGAUUACAGAACAAUAGUCGACAAGACUGUCGAGUUUGUGAGUGUAAGAAGCCAUCAUUUUUCAUCAGUAGCAAGAGAAUUGGAAAUGUCUAAGAAACGCCUAGAAGACAGUGAAAACGAUAGAAUCAUCAUUAAGAAGGAGUUGGAGGCAAUUAUUCAAGGACUAGAACACAAGCUGAGUGAUGAUACAAGAUUGAGAGAGGAAGAAAAAUACAAAUUUGAAACAAUUAUCAAGUCUUUGGAAGAUCAAUUGGUGCAAAAGAGAGAAUUUUCAAAUGAAGUUAUUAUGGAACAGACGAAGAGGCUGAACAGAAACAUGGAAAGACUCCAAAUAGAUCUAGCUGAAAAGGAUAAGCAACUUCAAUCUGCAACCAACACGAUAAGAUCUCUCAGAGAAGAGUCAGACAUUGGAGUUGCAGCUAGGGAUGAAAGAAUUAGACAAUUAGAAGAUAAUUUGGCAAAGAAAGACGAGGAAAUUUCUAAAGCUAGUAUGGACUUUAACAAGGAUAUAGAUCAUCUCAAAAAGAAGAUCAAAAAACUUCAAGCAGAUAACGAUUCACUUCACAUGAGGGUUGAAAACGAAAGAUCAUCUAUGGCGAAAGAAGCGCAAUCAGCAGCUUUGCAACUUGAAGAUGCAUACACUGGCAAACUAAGAGAUUAUGAAAUCAAGUUUGAGGCCCUUAAUUCUCAAUUAUCCCAAUAUCAUGAUCAAAUUUCAGACCAAGAGGAUAGAAUCAACUCACUUAUUAGAGAAAAGGAGGAACUCAUCAGGCGUGACUCUAACUCAUCUGUGGAAAAGAUUUUGGACGAACAAUUACGACAACUCCAAGACCACUAUGAGUCAGAUAAUAGAAAAUAUUUGGAACAAUACGAGCAUAUGGUCAAGAAGUACAAGAUUUUGAAGGAGAGGUUCUUCAAACAAUCUCUUAGACAAAACGAGCUUCAAAAUUACUUGUUAAAACUGAAAAGAAAACACAAGAGAAAGAAAGAAGGUGGAGAAGACCAAGAACAGGAUACAGAUCCAGCCAUUCAAACAACCGAUACAACAAUCAAACAAACCUCAAACAUUCUAUCAAUGCCAUCGAUGAUAACAAGCAAUAGCAAUUUGUAUUCCAAUACUCCUAUUAUGAAUUCCAAUAUUAUGAAUGAAGGAAGACAUGUAAUUUCUCCAAAUACUCACCAGCAACAAAAUACCUAUUACGAUUACAAUAAUUAUCAAUCUCAUCCUCUCAACAAUGACGAACAUAUCUAUCCAAAGUACAUUGUAGCUCAUCCUCCACCACCUUCAACUACCCUUCACACUACAUCAUCCCCUAGCGUUCAUCACUCUGAUCAUAUGCCUCAUAAUAAUCAAUUACCUUCUUACUAUCAACCAAUCAGUGCUGUGUCAAUAACAAAGAAAGCUAGUCAAUUAGCUGCAGCAUCUCAAAAAAUCCUUAACACUGCCCCUCUAACCAAUCCAAAUGCCACAACAACAACCACAACAACUAAGAAAAAGAAAAAAUCCAACACUUCAACCUCAAAAACAAGAUCCUCAUCAAAUCCUAAAAGAAGAAAAUCUGAUCAGGAAUUGGUAACAAUUUUCAAGUUUGAUUUUGAUACAACAACAUCACCAGAUAAGAUUGAACUGGCCAAAGCAAGUUUAAAAAGAUUGCGUGCCAUUAAACAUCCAGGUGUUGUUAACUUUUUAGAUGGAGUUGAAUUGCCAAAUAGUAUUUGUAUUGUGACUGAAUAUGUAACACCACUCUCUACUGAAUUGCAAAAUAUUAGAAUUCAACUCGGAGCACCAGAAAUAAUUGCCUACGGAUUGUAUCAAAUAGCUAAAGUAUUGACUUUCUUACAUGGGAAAAAUAUGUAUCAUUGUAAUGUAAAUAUGGAUUCUGUUUUUGUGGAUAAUGGUGGAGAUUGGAAACUGGGAGAACUUGGAUUUUUAACAUCAUUCCAAAAUAGUGGAGGAGUAGUCAAUCCAACUGAAGCUUCUUAUGGUGUUCCUGUAAGAACUUUUGGUUCCUUUAUCAUGAAUAAGUAUAAAUCUUUGGAGCUUACAACACAGAGAUGGGAUAUCAUUGAGGAAAGUCCAUCAAAACUUGAUUCUUGGGGGCUUGCUUGUUUAAUUUAUGAAAUUUUUGAAGGAAAUUUGAAUAAUUCAGACGAUUUGAAGAGAGUUUCUAAAAUUCCAAAAACUCUCAGAGUCGGUUAUGAUCAACUCAUUGAUAAGAAUGUAAAAAUGAGAAUGGAUGCUGCAAGAUUGUUGGAAAAUCCAUAUUUUAAGAACUCUCUUAUUGAAAUUCAACUCUUUUUGGAAAAUAUUACAAUCAAAGAUGCAGCAGCAACUGACGAUUUUUUGAAUAGAUUACCUGACAUGUUAACUCAAAUUCCACAAAAUAAUCUGAAGAAUAAGGUACUUCCAAGCUUGAUUCAACUCAUCAAAUUCACUAACAAUGGCCAAAAAGCUAUUGUUCCUAUAAUGAAACUUGGUAGUCUAUUGAAUGAGGAUGAUUACAAGACAAUCUUCAUUCCAAAAAUUAUUGACCUUUUCGAAAUUGCUGAUAGAACAGUUAGAGUUAAUUUAUUGAGGAGUAUUGAUCAUAUUGCCAUAUAUUUGACAAAAGAACAAUCUGAAAUUGUCUAUGAACAUGUUUCUAAAGGAUUCAAAGAUACUUCUCCAGUUUUGAGAGAAAUGACAGUCAAGGCAAUGAUCUCCCUCGUUCCAAAGCUCAAAGAGGAUACUGUUGACAAUAGCGUUGUGAGAUUUAUGUGGGCCCUCCAAGGUGAUAAGGAAAAUGCAAUUAGAACUAACACUGUUAUUGCUUUUGGUAAAUUAGCUGCCAACUUUUCAGAAAAAACUCGUAAAAGAGUACUUUUAGCUGCUUUUGUUAGAAGUCUCAAAGAUCCAUUCGUUCAUUCUAGAGUUGCUGCUCUGAAAGCUCUUUUGAGCACAAAAUCUUUCUAUUCAGUGAGUGAAGUUGCAGUGAAAGGUUUACCUUUUGUUGUUUCCCUUACUGUAGAUGCUGAAAAACAAGUGAGAGAUUUAGCUUUCCAAGUUAUGAAUGAAUUUUUGAAGGUUAUUUCUGAUUUGUCAGAAAAUCCAAACUUUACUGAAAUUGUUGCCAACGAAAGAAGUCAAGAUAGUGCCAUAGCAAAUGGUCAAUCUAGUACUAGUGCAACAACAGGUGGUUCUGGAGAACAAGGAGAUUACUUGUCCUGGGCUAUGAAAUCCAUCAAGACUAAAGUAUUGGGUGAGAAUGAACAACAUUCUGGAUCAAAUACCACAACAAAUCAACAACAAACUAGACCAACAAGCUCUCCAUCUCUUAGUAGCACCAAUACAAAUUCUGGAUAUGGUUCUUCCACUGUCAACACCUCAAAUACUGCUUCUUCAACUAUUUACAAACCAGUUUCUCUUAACACAACUCCAAAACAAAACUCUCAAGAAUUCAACACUUUACAACCAAAGCAAGCAACUCAAAAUAAGCCAGUCCAAAGUGUAAAUACCAAUAACACAGCAAGUACUACAGCACAAAAGAAGCAGCCAGUUAAGAGCUCUAGCAACAAUGAAUUUGAUGACUUUUUCGAUAUGGAUGAUAUGCCUGGAAAUAAUGGAAACUCUUCAAGUGGAGCUAUGCUUGGUGGUGACGAUUUACUAGAUGGUGAUUGGAGCUCUUGGGAUAUGGACAACCAAUUUGAGAUACCAAAAGCAAAGACAACUAUUGCAUCUUCCUCUCUCAAGUUAUCUCAUGCCCCAACAUCCUCAACAACAACCACUUCUACUAGCUCACCAAAUCCAACUCAAAAAAGACCAACAGCCAAUACCAACCAAUCCAAUAUCACUUCCUCUCAGAAAAACAAUUUUGGUGAUGAUUUCUUUGCCUCAAUGAAUGAACCUCAAAAGAAGCAACCAUCAUUCUCUCAGCAACCACCAAAACAACCACAACCACAACCACAACAACAACUACAACCAAUCAGACAACAACAACAACCUAAACAAGCAACCUCAAAUACCAACAACACUUCUCAACAACAAAAACCAAAGGAUUGGAGUGAUAAUUGGGAAGAAUGGUAAAUCAUAUCAAUAAAUCUUAUUUAACUUAU